AUAUAUGUGAAAAAAUCUGCCGAAAUGGCGACUGCUAUGUAUCUUGAACAUUACUUGGACAGUCUAGAGUCCUUACCAACUGAACUUCAAAGGAAUUUCAAUCUGAUGAGAGACCUAGAUCAGAGAUCACAAGACCUGAUGAAGGACAUUGACAUGAUGGCUGAUGAGUAUUUGGUGAAUGUUCGUGGCAUGACGACAGACAAAAGAACAGAACACCUUGAUUCCAUCACAAGUCUUUACUCCAAGAGUAAAGAGUUCGGGGAUGACAAAGUUCAGUUGGCAAUGCAGACAUAUGAAAUGGUUGACAAACAUAUACGCAGACUUGAUGCAGACUUGGCUAGAUUUGAGGCAGACCUGAAGGAACGAGGAUCUUCAAACAUGUCAAACACAGAUUCUGAUUCUGGGAAGAAAACUAAUAAAGACAAGGACAAGAAAAGAAAGUCUAUGAAAGAAAAAUUUGAGGAUGAAAUUCCAAGGAAGAAAAAGAAAAAAGGACAAUCUGUUCCUGAAGUAGAGGAGCCCCCAGCUCCAGUAACCAUUAUCCCUCUUCCCAUUACCCAUCCCUCUGACGUCCUCGACAUGCCAGUAGAUCCCAAUGAACCUACAUACUGUCUCUGUCAUCAAGUGUCCUAUGGUGAAAUGAUUGGCUGUGAUAAUCUUGAGUGUCCCAUUGAAUGGUUUCAUUUUGCGUGUGUGGGUUUAAAAACAAAACCUAAAGGCAAAUGGUACUGCCCACGUUGUACAGAAGAACGGAAAAAGAAAUGAUAGUACUGCAAUAGUACUGUAGAACUGUUUAUAGGAUUCUAUAACGAGGGGCAUUCCUGUGAUUGACAGCUGUGACAUGUUGAACAGGGCAAGGAAGUGAAGAAUCUUCCAUCAUCACCACUCAUCAUGGUCUGGCUUGACUGGUCCAUGUCGCAUCUCUGGAAUGUGCUGUUAUGCAUGCCAAGGAUUUCUACAAACUAGAACAGCAACAUCUUCAUACAACAUACCCUGCUCCUUCAGCUACCAUUAUACAAUUUUCAUUGGUAUCAUCUAUCAUCUCGAAGGGUUCAAAAGAGCUGUGAAAAAAAUGCCUGGUCAACAGAUGUUCUAUGAUGUUGGUUCAUCUUCUGUGUUCCAAUAUUUAUCCAGUUCCUAAGAACUAAUCUUGCUAUUACCAGGUACCAUACUAACUGGCAAUCACUACUGCAUGUGACAAAAAUUCUCUGUACAGGUGAUUAUUGUCAAGAUGGAAUAUGUAUUAUUUCCUUUUUUCCCUUCAAAAUGGAUAUUUAAUGAAUGAUAGGCUACAUUUCCUAAGUAAGGUGGGAACAAUUAUUUUUCAGGUGUGCAGAAAUAUUAUUCCUGAAGUAAAAUAUUUAUAUCCGGGAAUUAACCCAUCUCUGUUGAUAAUCCCACCCACAUUUAUUGCAGUUUUAUACAAUAUUUUGUUCAGGGCUUAACUUAUUCAUCAUUGUAGACAUAUUGAAUAAAACUCCAGACAUAUCUGCAUUAUAGCUAUACAGAGCACUUUGUAUUAUAUGCGUUAGACUAAGGUCAACAUUAGUGUUUAAUUUAAUACACUUAACCUGGUAUCAGGACAGCUGGUCAUAUGAUUUAUUUAUCAAAUGUAACAAUUGUGGAGCCUUCAGUCUGUUUCACAGUAUUAAGAAUUUACAAUACAAUUGAAGUGCACUAGGAAAACAAGUGAGUAUAUAUUUUUAAUUGUGAUAAAAUGUUUUGUUUAAUUUCUCCACUUUUAAAUUUUGUACAUUUGCAAAUUUGUGAAAAUGUUAAAUGUAACUUGUAUCUAAAUAUUAAUGUACUUCACAAGAAAGUUUAAUCAUCUCAUCACUGAUAACAUUAUUAUGUGGUAUUACUGGGUAUAGGCCAGUCAUACCGGUAGUACACUGGACCACCAUGUAUCAUGGGCCAGUCAUACCGGUAGUACACUGGACCACCAUGUAUCAUGGGCCAGUCAUACCGGUAGUACACUGGACCACCAUGUAUCAUGGGCCAGUCAUACCGGUAGUACACUGGACCACCAUGUAUCAUGGGCCAGUCAUACCGGUAGUACACUGGACCACCAUGUAUCAUGGGCCAGUCAUACCGGUAGUACACUGGACCACCAUGUAUCAUGGGCCAGUCAUACUGGUAGUACACUGGACCACCGUGUAUCAUGGGCCAGUCAUACCGGUAGUACACUGGACCACCAUGUAUCAUGGGCCAGUCAUACCGGUAGUACACUGGACCACCAUUCAAUCUCAUUAUAAAGAACACCUAAUGUUAUUGUUAUAUCAUACUACCAUCCAUUCUUGUUAUAUGAAGUUGGUUUCACUGCAAUGAGCAUCUUUUUAUAUUAUUUAAUUCACAGUUAUCAAUAUUGAAGAAGCCAAUAUGUAUUAUCUCCAUCGUAAUGAAUUUAGAAAAUCAGAGAAAUAUUGGGAUUGUGUUGGACUGAUACCCCUACUUGUCUACUCGUUUGUGUUGAACUCAAUUUUAGAGCAAAGUUUGCUUAAAUUGUAGUUCCUUUUUUCAUGAUUUUUUAAAAAAAUAUUUUGGAAAAUAAUGUCACUUUUCAGCUAUGAAUAUUUAUUGGGCUCUAAAUCAAGGUUUGAAAAAAUCUCUUGAUUUGGUGUCAAAUCAUUGUUGUGAUGAAAUAUUGUUAUUUGAUGGAAUGUUAGAUCACAAAUUUAUAAUUUCUACAGUCAUUCAAAUUUGUCAGAAAUUUGUGGUGGUAUUGUUAGUCGAGACAUCCGUAGAGGAUGUAUCAGAUAUUAACUCCAUGGUAUUAAAACUAGGAUUAACAAGAUGAAUAUUUUCAGUAUUCUAGUUUUUGAAAAAAAAACAGUGAGCUGUAGUUUUCUUUUCUAAUGAUGGUACAGUUGUCAAUAUAUACCAGUACCAAAAGAUGUGUAAAGAUUAUAGAAAAAUGUACAUGUAGGUAGAUACUGAUGAAAUCAGUGAUAUUAUUUAAUUUUCAAAGUGUUACAAUCAGUAUUAUGUUCUGCAAUGUAAUCUAGACUGAUUGAUUUGCCUUGUGAAAUCCUAACAGCAAGGUAAGUAAUAUAGACCGGUGUUGGUUCUGUACCCAACAGGGAAAAGUUGGUUAGAUUUUUUUUUUUUUUUUCCUCAUUAAUUGCAUUUCUUAAUCAGCAUGUGUCAGUUGAUAUCCCCUAUAUCAUUUCAAAAAAUAUAUUUAGAAUUGUAGUUGGUGUCAUAUAUAUCACCAGUGUCCUGGUUCCAGUUAUGUAUUAUAUAAAUAAUUCAAUCAAAAGUAAUGAAAAUUUAGAUCGUAUUGUUUCUUUCAGAAAAGAAAUCACUGAUAAAAAAGUGUUAUUUAGAAAAUUAAAAAAGAAAAGGAAAACAAUUUGAGUUUUCAGUAAGCCUCUAUAAGAUGUUAACUUCCAUACGCAGUUGAAUGGUGAUGCUCCCUUCUGAAUCUCUUGAUUUUAAUGGUAUAUAUUUUAUCAUGUCAUCAACAUAUUGGAGGUUCAGAUUUUAAUUGUGAAGUGAAUGUAUUCUUGGUUGGUCAGUAGCUAGAGAGAGCUUUUCUAGCUUGAUUAUUAGGCUAGUAAUCCAUAGGUUGGUGUUCCUAACCUAGUAAAAGCACAGAAAUAAAUCAUCAUGUCUGUUACAUUAGUGUCCAUGGAAGGGCAAGGGAUUAAUAGUUAGAAUGGCUCCACAGGAUUCAUUCCAACUCUUGCAGGAAACUGAAAUAUUGAGUUGUUUCCUUAAGAAGGACGAACAGGUAUGUAACCCUGGUAAAUGCCAAUGUUGAUGCACUGCUUUGUUUAGCACUGAUGAGGGUACUCAACAUCUCAGGAUUCUUCUCGCUUUAUGUUGAUACUGAGUGUCUUAUUGUACUGCACACUUUGCUCUCAAACUACACAAGAAUUACGAUGAUGUUGAUCAGAUUGUGUUUUAUCAAAUUGAAGAAGUGAAUACACUUGUUCAAAUUUUAUACACAACUUUUAAAUGAAAGAAAUGUUUUCCGUAUAGAUAUAUGACAAAAUCAGCUCUGCUGUGCAAAAUGAGAAUCAUUUGUUUGUAAAAAAUGAAAUGGAGAAUCCUAUCUGAGUCAUUUUUGUAACCAUUUUCUAUAUUUUCACAAAGUAUGGUAACUAUUGUUUUUAGAAAACAACAUCAGUGGUUUUAGGCAAGGCUACACCAGAAAACCUGAAAGCUGUUGAGACAGCCAGAAAGUGGUUUAUGUAGAGGAAAUUCAGUAUCAAGCAGAAAAGUGCUAUCUGUUAGACUACUAGAGAUAUAUCAUAUUAGUAAGAUUUUUCUGGAAAAAGUUGAUUUAUUGAUUUAAGUUGACAAGGAGUUUGAUAUUUUGUUGAAAUUAAAGUUGAAAUUUUCUAGGAAUUGUUUUAUUGAUAAAUGUACCAGACAUUCGGUUAUUUUUUUUAUUCAACAUGAAGAAGUGUUUAAAUUGUAUUUCAUGGCCAAUUUUGAGCUCUGAUAAAUAUUGUUUUAGCAUAAUAUUAUGUUACUCUUUUGACACAACAUAUCUUCUGUAAUUUGCAGUCCUCAUGAAAAAUACCCACAGGACUGUAUAAUGUCCUCAUUUUCCAUCAGAGGUCCAUAAUACACCUCCGUAAUAAAACUCUUCUAAAUAAUAACUAAAAAAUUCUAAUACAGAAAAUAUGUUUGUGGAAAAUAGUGCAUCACAUUCUAUAGAAUUCGUAAUUUGGCAAGUUAGCAGUAAUAGAUUGAAUCAGUAAAGAAACUGCUAUAUCCUUGCCACUAUACUCUUUUAUUUUCCCAUUUAAAGAUAGACCUUACUUUUUCAACUUGGCUUGUGAAUUCUAUAUCCUUUGAAAUUAACUAGCGCUUGUGGGAUCCAUACACAUUGGUCCAUACAGGACUCGAGAUUGUGAGUUUAAUAAAUAUUGGACAACGGCUGGAACUUGUGGGGUCCAUACACAUUGGUCCAGACUUGAGUGUUUUAAUUCUGUACACAUUGGUUUAUGACUUAAGCUUAUCUGUGUGUUCUGUAAAUAGUUAGAGCUCCCAGGUGUCAAAAGCUUGUUUAACUGUUAACUGCAUCAUUAAAUGUUGGUGUUAUCUGCAUCUAA